CUAUAAUGCGAUUCGAGUUCACCGCCGAAUUGUUACUGCCGAAGUACCGAAUAGCACUUAUCCGCCAAUAUGAAGCAAGCCACCACUCUGAUUCUCACCAUUUUGGUGUGCUUUCAAUUCUACAUGGCAAUCGAUGCUGCACCGGCUCCUGACUUGUUUUCAAGCUUAGUGAGUUCUUUGGCUUCUGAUACGGCUGCCGCGAAUUCAGCGGCGGUUUCGACGGCAGAAAGUGGCGCUGAAACCGUUUUGUCACUUUUAACGGGAGGGGCAUCCUCGGAUUCAGACACCGAAACCACAACCACCGAGGCGGCAACAACUACCACGGAGGCGGCAACGACUACUACAGAGGCGGCAACUACAACCACAGAGGCGGCAACAACGACUACUGAGGCGGCAACAACUACCACGGAGGCGGCAACAACUACUACAGAGGCGGCAACAACAACCACAGAGGCGGCAACAACGACUACUGAGGCGGCAACAACGACUACUGAGGCGGCAACAACUACCACGGAGGCGGCAACAACUACUACAGAGGCGGCAACAACAACCACAGAGGCGGCAACAACGACUACUGAGGCGGCAACAACGACUACUGAGGCGGCAACAACUACCACGGAGGCGGCAACAACGAGCACAGAUGAAGAAUCCGAUUCAGCUUCAGCAUUAGAAGCCGCGGCUUCAUCAAUAGCAUCGGAUGCUUCUUCUGCGGCUUCAUCAGCAGUCUCAACUGCAGAAUCUUCGGCUUCAUCGGCAGUCUCAGCUGCAGAAUCUGCUGCCUCAUCUUUGACCGAUUCAUCAUCGAGCUGCAGUGAUUUCCUAACGUGUCUCGAGGCAACGAUUACGUCGGCGGUAAGUGACGAUGAGUCAGUGGCAUCCUCUGCUGUAGAAGACGCGGAAUCGAUUGGUAGUUUUUUCACAAAUUUAUUUGGAUAGAAUUCAUUACAUGUACGCUGAAGGUUGCAUGAAACCUGCUGCAUGAUAAUACCGAUUGUCAAUAAAGUACAUUCUACCCACA